AUGCGCAGUGUCUGCCGCUACCCUGCCCUCUUCCUCUCCCUCUUCCUUACUCUGACGGUUGUGCUUGUCCCCCUCCGGUCCUGCACGCUGUGCACGCAGCGCGUGCACAGCAAACCUGCAAAGGAAUGCAUCCUUGAGCGGACACACACCCGUACAUGCACGUGCAGACACAGAGGCAGACGCAAGGCACUGAUACAUAGAUACAACCUGUACAUCCGCCGCGGCGAACUCGUAGGCAGCGCCGAUGCACACAUGGCGCUCUCUUACCACGUCGUGCUUUCUUUGUUUCUUCUCUCCUCCUUCGCAGAUGUGGUGCUUAUCAGCGCCCGCACACUCGUCUCGCGGCGCUACCACAGCCUCACCCUCUGCUACGCCCUGAUGGCGGUGCAGGAGUCCCUUCUUGUCUUUGAGCUCCUCGCGGUGCUGGGCCAGGUACUCUCGACAUACCUCGUCACGGCCAGCAUGUGGGCACACAUAGCAUCGCUGCUCGGCGUUUUCACACCGCUGUGGCUGCUGCGCACCUUCCUCACGGCCUUCACCGUGGUCUACAAGGACAUUCUGCUCCCGCGUUGGUCAUCGGCGGCGGCAUCCACUGGAGUGUGGGGAUUUCUCUCUCGCGCCUCUCGCGCGUGGCGCGCCACCGGCUAUGGCGCGGUCGUCUCCCUCGACGUCGCUUGCUUCUGCUGCUACUAUCUAUCCGCCGUGUAUGUGCUGGCCUACUUGUCAGAGAAGCGCCUCUAUGUGCCGUAUCAUCGCCGGCGCUGGCGGCAUUUGCAGCGGAGGCGGGCACUCACGGCUACCGCCGCCACGGUCGUCGCGGGCGAAGAGAACCGAGAAGCAGCGCGGCAGAAGCGUUGGCGAGAGGAGCGACAAGGCGGGGCAAGGAGGGCGGGUGGUGACGGUGGGGGUAAGGUCGUCGUCAGCUACCCAACCGUACAGCCACUCACCCGCACCCCGUCUUUUCGGCAGUGGGAAGCGGUGCUGCGGCAGCGACAGCCAGAAACGGGCCACGGGAAAAACUCCACAGCCGGCGACGGCCUUGCGCCGCUACGUGCAUGUGAGGGAGGAAGCCCGGGAGACAAGUCGCUUUCCAACACGACCGGGGCGGCUUGGACGAACGCGAAUGCAUUGCAGUUGCCUUCCUAUCCUGCAGCCAGAGCGCGCCGUGGGGAGGAAGCCAGCGACAGCGGUGCUGACGCGAGCGGACUCAUCUCCAACACGGUCACGGCGGUCCCUGACGGUUCCACGCAGCCGCCCUCGGCAGCGCAUCUGAGCUCACCGGAGGCGGCCACCGCGGCGGCGACAGUGACAGAAACGCCGGCGGCUAAACCGCAGCGAGCUGUGCAGCAGCAUCACAGGAAGCCGGCCGCACAGGCGCCUCGUGGCGCGGUCACCGCAACCGCCACCGCCGGUGCUGGCUCGCCGGGGCAACCGCGGCCAGUCUCCCUCGUCGCGAACUUGCCGCCGCUUCAGCUGCAGCGCCGCUUCACUAUCAGCAAUAGCCCAGAGGAAGAGAGACGCUUGCACCAGUUCGCCACCGCGCUGGCCGAGCACGGCUACACGUCAGUGCCGUCGCAGACGCGCAAGCUCACCCCGGAUCUGCCGUCAAGCAAAUCUCAUGUGAAGAUGAAGGACGGUGUUGCUGCGAAAAGCGGAACUUCAUCCACCACAGAGAUGCCGACGGCGCACGAGGGAGGUGAGGCUGACAAGGAGCCGGACCCCGGCAACCUCCUCUCCUAG